GGAAGAGUUUAUGGUAAAUUUCCAUAGUAAAUAAUUAACAAAAUCUCCAUUUGGCAAAGCGCAUGGAUUAUAAGGAUAUCCGACAGCUCCUCAGCCGUUUAGAUAAACCCAGGCCUUUUGCUGCAACUGUUGGUAAACUGAAAGAGUGAUUUAAAAACCCUUGGGAGUUUGGGAAGGACCUUAAGAUUGACUUGACACCAUGAAGGGGCAGCAGAAAAGUCCAGAUCCAGAAGUGGAUGUGCCUCUCAUUGAGGAAGGCACUGUCGUCUCAGCUAGCGACCCAUCUGCUAUCGCAACGAUCCAGUCAGCUGCCACAUUUUCAGCUGAUCAGCCAAUCAAGUACCUUUUCAAAACGGAGGGAACGGCAGGGCAGGUGACAUACCGGGUGAUCCACGUGGCUGAUGGACAGGUGGAGGCCCAGUCAGAUGGAGCUGCAGCUGUUAGUGUGGUUGCUGGCUUCCCCACGGCCACCCAAGCUGCGACACCAAAUAUAACACAGGCUGUAUUCUCUCAGGCUGAGGGACUAGAAGGAGAGGCUACCGAGACUCACUACUACUAUCCGGCCACCAUUGCCGCCGACACCACCCCUGCUACCAUGGUAACCAGUGUCCAUGCAGCUGAUUCGCUGCUCACUCAGCCCACUCCAGCAGGUCAACUCUACGUGAUGAUGUCAUCCCAAGAUGUAUUAGGCACAGCCCAGCAGAGUAAGAAAGAAACCCCACGUACUUCGAGAGAUGACAAGAGAAGAGCACAGCACAAUGAAGUCGAACGCAGACGCAGGGACAAAAUCAACAACUGGAUUGUCCAGCUGUCCAAAACCAUCCCUGACUGCUCCAUGGACGCAACCAAAAACGGACAGAGUAAAGGGGGCAUCUUGUCGAAGGCCUGUGACUACAUUCAGGAGCUGCGCCAAAGCAAUGCUAGAUUAGGAGAGGAGCUGGAAACGCUGGAGAGGCUGAGGAUGGACAACCAGCUGCUUAGACGAGAGCUGGAAGAGUGGAAAUCUAAGAACCAGAUGCUCAGAACUCAGCUACGGCAGCAUGGUAUCGUAGCGGCCUCGAGCAUGGACCCUCAGUGAAGCCCUUUGAGGCUUCACUUAUUUGCCUUUCAGCUCAUAAUGUAGGACAAGGUUGGGAAUUGUUUAGAGAGAAAUGAACCCAGAUAAGCCUGUAAACGCUGCUUCUUCUCUCAGUGAAAGACUUCAUUCUCAACCACAGGUGAUUAGGGGUACAUUUUAGGGGUAUGAUUUCUCAGUUAGACACCUUAAAGGAGUACUCCGGCUUUUUUAGCCUAAUCUCUGCCUGCCACGCCUGUAGCAUACAAUCAAUUCCACAGACAAUAAUUCUGACACCUUUCCUUGUACUUAGAACAGAAACAGAAACCUGUUGACCUCGAAACUCACUGAAGCACCUGCCUAUUGGCUUAUAUAUAUGAUAUAUAAGAGAUACUGUGUAUAUAUAAGAGAUUUUCAUUUAGUACAAUUUUUCAGUUCUUUUCUAAAUCUAGGGAAAUUAUUGUCUCUUGUAAUCAACUGUGUACUGCAGAUAUGAUGCAAAGAGUUCAGGUUGAAUUAUGCUGCCUUUUUCUUUUAAGCCCAAAAGUCAGACUGUCCAACAGGAGAAAAGCGAAAGAACAUUCCUACUGGAGAGUGUUCACAUUGAGCUUAAAGCAGCCCUGUGUAAGAUUUUGUAAGAGUCUUUUUGUUAAAAUUGAAAGGAGUAACAUUACUGAGUCAGGAGAAAGAAAAACAAGUGUGUGCGCUGCUGUAAGUCACCCUUUAAAGCCUGGAAUAAUUCAAAUGUUAGAGGUGUCUGGUCGGCUUUUAUGAGAGUUUUUCGAACCGUGUCAUACGUCUUAAUAAUGUAAUAACAUCAUAUUUAAAAAGAAAGUCUGGCUCGAUGUUUAGGUCUCAAAUGCAAAUAAUGACAAUAGUAAAUAAUUAACUUACAUCCUUGGAAGACAUGUCCUUCACCAAGUUUUGAGCUCUCUUUUGGUACUCUCUCAACACGCUCGCAAUCAUCAGAUCAGCCAAUGUUACAAGUCUUUGUUGCAUGCAUUUCCACAUUUCCACCAGUGAUGUCUCCAAAUCCCCAAAUCAUACAUAGUGCAGCUUUACUAAGAAAUCAUGCCAUUUGAAAUGACCCCAAAAUUAAUGUCAGGUGUAUCUGAACUGCACUGAAAUACUUUUAUAUAUGUUUUUCUGUAGCAAGAACUAUCAAGUGUCUGAAGAAUAUUUCUCUUUUGUGAAUCACUGAAGAAUAGAUUUAUAGUUUGGAG